AUGAUGAUAAGAAGUAAUACUAGCACAAGUAGUAGUAGUAAUAGUGGUAUAUGGUUGGUUUGGCUAAGUGUUGUGAUAACACUAACGCAAUACCACUGGUGCGUUGGUGUGUUUCUGAGCAUCGACUGCGGUGGCUCGGGUGGCAGAACUAUAGACUCCGUAACUUGGGUGAAAGAUGAUGACUACGUCAGCAGCGGCGUCUCCAGAGAGACUAAGUUCAGCAGCCCAGAUGGGUCCCAUCUAACAACAUCUUUGAGAGCUUUCCCAACACUUGACGAGAAUAAGUACUGCUACACCAUCAACCUCGGCGAAGAUGAUCACAAAGACCGACGAAUUUUGGUGCGUGCAACAUUUUUCUAUGGAGAUUACGAUGGGAUGGACUCCCCUCCCACUUUUGACAUCUACUUCGAUGGCAACUUUUGGGCUACGGUUAACAUGUCUCUAAAUUCGAAUAGGCAUGUUGGUUAUGAGGUCUUGUAUUUUCCAAAGUCUAAGGCAACUAAUAUAUGUCUUGUUCGAACCUAUCUAGAUCAGAAUCCCUUCAUAAAUACGCUUGCAAUCCGAAGCUUAGAUGCUACUGUGUACAGCCGCGUCCACUCAAAAUUUGCAAUGGUUAAGGUGCAAAGACAUUCUCAGGGAACUCAGGUUAUCCGGUACCCAGAUGAUGUUUACGAUCGGCAUUGGCUUCCUGCAAAUGGUGUGGGGUCAAUUAAAGUUUCAAAGGAAGCAACGUCACCAAUUGAUGUUAGCAGUGCAGAAGAUAAGCCACCAGAAGCUGUGUUUAGAACUGCUGCCACUUUCAACCAAAUUACUAGUAUGAGAAUAUUCACCAAUCGUUUGCCUGCCACCAAAGUUGGGAUCUACAUGGCACUCUACUUCUCUGAAGUCACAUUGUUGGAUUCCAGUAUACAAAAGAGGUCGUUUCAAGUGUUUAUAGAUGGAAAUGCUUAUUCUAAACCCAUAAUCCCACCUUUUGGGAGUGGUAUGCAAGUUUAUAUCAUCAACAUCACUGCUUCUUAUGCUACUUUGAUCGAGUUGCGUCCCACUCCUGACUCCACACUUCCUCCACUUUUAAAUGCCAAUGAAAUUUACACUCUCUCCCAAGUUUAA